CAGAGGAUCAUGCACUGGGGACCAUCCUGCAAGGCGCUGCAAUAAUAAAAAAAAGGCCUUUCAAGGAGCAUAAAACACCCUCCACCAUGACGGGGAAACAAGGAGCCGUGCUGUCGGGAAGUUUAAACCUCGCGGAGAAAACGUCAAACGGAGGGAGCCAGCAGCCGAAGAGCAGCUCCCACCACCCGCCGCCCAGGUGCACCGGCUUCGGCAUCCAGGAGAUCCUGGGGCUGAAUAAAGAACCGUCCACGACCCCCAGGAGCCCGCUCGGCGCGCUGCCCGCCGGGGCGCACCUCAUAGCCGCCAGGUCCGUGCUGGGCCCCGCCGGCGUGGGGGUGGGAGUCGGGAUGGGAUUACUGGGGCCUGGUGGGAUUCCGUCGUUUUACGGCCAACCAGCGUUCCUGGAGACGGUUCUGUCUGAGGGACAGGAUGUGCACCUGCAGCCGCACAGCAGGCCACUGGUCCGACUGGACACCAGCCAGUCCGCCAGCUCAGACUCUGAGGAUUUAUCUUCAAAUGAACGAAAACACUCCAAGUCUUCAGUGAGUCAGAACAAGAAACGCAAGAAAAGACGUCACCGAACCAUAUUCACCUCCUAUCAGCUGGAGGAGCUGGAGAAGGCCUUUAAUGAGGCUCACUACCCGGAUGUUUACGCGCGGGAGAUGCUGGCCAUGAAAACAGAGCUACCUGAAGACAGAAUACAGGUAUGGUUUCAGAACCGCAGAGCCAAGUGGAGGAAGAGGGAGAAGUGCUGGGGGCGCAGCACGGUCAUGGCUGAGUAUGGACUGUAUGGAGCUAUGGUGAGGCAUUCGAUCCCCCUGCCAGAGUCCAUCCUGAAGUCCGCCAAGGAUGGCAUCAUGGAGUCCUGCGCGCCCUGGCUGCUGGGGAUGCACAAAAAGUCCAUGGAGGGAGCGACAACCCCACCAACAGGAAAAUGCGAUGCCCCCCAGCAGCCGAGUGCACAGAGGCCAGAGGACGCUGAGGUGGAGGAGAAGAGGUCAGAGGUCAAGUCCAUCAUUUCUAAAGAGGAACUGAGAGAGAACAGCAUUGCUGCACUCAGGGCCAAGGCACAGGAGCACAGUGCCAAAGUGCUGGGGACAGUGUCUCAUGAGAGACUGCUGGAGGACAAACAGGAGAGACAGGCAGCUGAGGACAAGGCCAGUGAUCCCCCGAGUCCAGAGGAGCAGAGAAGUCCAUAGAAGCAGUCAAGAUCUUGGACAUCAUCACGAGUGAAUGGAUCCAGUUUGGACUUACAGACUCAGAUCCCAGUCUUCACUGACUUCUCUGAACUGGCCUCCAUCAAAACGUCUGUAAAGACAGACUGGCUGCUGUCUAACAGAUGCAAACGCACUUUUUCCAGAUUUAUUUCCAGACUUGGUUCUUCUCCGUAGCAGACAGCGUUUUGAUGUAUAUAGAUUGAGCUGGAGAGCAACAACGUACCCAGUAGAAAAACUUUUGCUGAUUAACUGUAAGGAGUUAGAGAGAAAAUUACAUUUAGUUCACGACAUUUAUUCUGUUCAUGCUUAUAUUAAACUGUUACAUUUUAGAUAAGGCUCAUCCCACCGACAGAA